AUGAGUAUUUUUGAAGAAACAACUGAGGUGGUAACUGAUCAAUUAGCCGUUGCCGUAAUCCAUUGGCUCUCCGAGUUUUUGGAUUCCCCUUUGAAAGCAGACGCAUCACCAUCAACUUUAACUAACCCAAUUGUGUUGUUCAAACUUUUUAAGAUCCUAUUGAACAAAGAUGAUUUCAAACUGGAAGCUUUUGACACGGCUAUUUUCGCCAAUGCAUACGACGUCGUUAACUCAGAGACUUCUACCACAGUUCCUUUGCCAAUGUGGUUGCAAAUCGAUGUAUUGAAUCAGCUGCUAGUAACGCAUCUCAAAAAACAUGCAAACUCAAUUCACCAACUUUCUAAAGUUGAUUUCUACAAAUUAAUCAUAUUACGGGACAAGAAGCAAAUAAAAGCAUUGUGUCAAACCCUCAUUGUUCUUGGCACUUUUUCAUCAAAGAUGGCAUCACGGGGACAAGCAUUUAUUGAGUUUUUACUGGAGGAUGAUCGCAUGUUGCUCAAGAGGUUCGAUAUUUUGCAACGGGACGUGGAUCACAAAACACAGAGACAACAAUUUGAUUCCCUAACACCCACCUCUAUAAAUCAAGGCCAGAUCCCACUCGACACAUCGGCUGAUCCUGAUUCAAACGAAGCCUGCUAUGUCAUUACUGAGGAAGAGUUGAAAGCAAUUGAAUGGGAAUGUCAGGUGUUCAACCAGGUUAUCAAUAAGAUUUGUUGUGAGAAAGAGCAACUUCAUUCGUCUACUUAA